CGCGCUCUGUGGUCCCGGUCCGCGCGCCUUUUCCUGUUGCUGCAGCUGUCGCCUUCCUCACCGCCGCCGGUGCCCCUUGCUCUGGUCUGUGGUGUAGCCGGGACCCAGGACCAUGUCGCUUUCACGCUCGGAGGAGAUGCACCGGCUCACGGAAAAUGUCUACAAGAGCAUCAUGGAGCAGUUCAACCCCAGCCUCCGCAACUUCAUCGCCAUGGGGAAGAACUACGAGAAAGCCCUGGCAGGUGUCACCUUCGCAGCCAAAGGGUAUUUCGAUGCUCUGGUGAAGAUGGGGGAGCUGGCCAGCGAGAGCCAGGGCUCUAAGGAACUUGGGGAUGUCCUCUUCCAGAUGGCUGAAGUCCACCGGCAGAUCCAGAACCAGCUGGAAGAGACGCUGAAGUCUUUUCACAAUGAGCUGCUCACGCAGCUGGAGCAGAAGGUGGAGCUGGACUCCAGGUAUCUAAGUGCUGCACUGAAGAAAUACCAAACCGAACAGAGGAGCAAAGGCGACGCCCUGGACAAGUGUCAGGCUGAGCUAAAGAAGCUCCGGAAGAAGAGCCAAGGGAGCAAGAAUCCCCAGAAAUACUCGGACAAGGAGCUGCAGUACAUCGACGCCAUCAGCAACAAGCAGGGUGAGCUGGAGAGCUACGUGUCUGACGGCUACAAGACAGCACUGACUGAGGAGCGUAGGAGGUUCUGCUUCCUGGUGGAAAAGCAGUGUGCUGUGGCUAAGAACUCCGCUGCUUACCACUCCAAGGGCAAGGAGUUGUUAGCUCAGAAGCUGCCUCUGUGGCAGCAAGCCUGUGCCGACCCCAACAAGAUCCCAGACCGUGCCGUCCAGCUGAUGCAGCAGAUAGCCAGCAGCAAUGGCUCCAUCCUGCCAAGUGCCCUGUCAGCCUCCAAGUCCAACCUGGUCAUCUCAGACCCCAUCCCCGGAGCCAAGCCCUUGCCAGUUCCACCUGAGCUGGCCCCAUUUGUGGGGCGGAUGUCUGCUCAGGAGAAUGUUCCUGUCAUGAAUGGCGUCGCAGGCCCGGACACCGAGGACUACAACCCCUGGGCUGACCGCAAGGCUGCCCAGCCCAAAUCCCUGUCUCCCCCGCAGUCUCAAAGCAAGCUGAGCGACUCCUACUCCAACACGCUUCCCGUGCGCAAGAGCGUGACUCCGAAGAACAGCUAUGCCACCACUGAGAACAAGACACUACCACGGUCAAGCUCCAUGGCAGCUGGCCUAGAAAGGAACGGCCGCAUGCGGGUCAAGGCCAUUUUCUCCCACGCAGCUGGUGACAACAGCACUCUGCUGAGCUUCAAGGAGGGCGACCUCAUCACGCUGCUAGUGCCCGAGGCCCGGGACGGCUGGCACUACGGCGAGAGCGAGAAGACCAAGAUGCGGGGCUGGUUUCCCUUCUCCUACACUCGGGUCCUGGACAGCGACGGAAGUGACAGGUUGCACAUGAGCCUGCAGCAGGGCAAAAGCAGCAGCACAGGCAACCUUCUGGACAAGGAUGACCUGGCCAUCCCUCCUCCUGACUAUGGCACAUCCUCCCGGGCCUUCCCCUCCCAGACAGCUGGGACUUUCAAGCAAAGACCCUACAGUGUGGCAGUUCCCGCUUUCUCUCAGGGUCUGGAUGACUACGGGGCACGAUCUGUGAGCAGUGGCAGUGGCACGCUGGUGUCCACAGUGUGAGGACGCUGACCCCAGGCAGCCGCUCUGAAGAGCUCCCCCAGUCUCCACCGGUUCCCCUCCUCAGCUCUCGUUGGUUUGUUCUUGGGUUGUUCUCUUUCCCACCCGCUCCUGCCUUUUGGUUGGUGACCCCAGACUCUGAAAUCCCCCAGGGUCCAUGGUGCUGCUCCCUGCGCCCCUGUGCUCACGCCCCCAACAGGUGUCCCCAGCCUUGAGCAUUAGCUGCUAGGUGGGACCUGCUGGCUGGGUGGCAAAGCAGCGUCCUCACCUGCUGUCCCAGCCCUGUGGUGUUCAUGGCCCACAUCCCUUUUCUAAGGCUGGCCAUGAGCCAGGGCUAGAGUUUGAAGAAACAGAAAAAUCUUUAAAAAAGAAAAAAAAAAAGAAAAAAAAAGAAAAAUAGGAAAAAGAACUAUUUUUUUCCUGAAAACAAAAACAGAUAUGCAUGGCCUCCGGUGUACGUACUGUUAUUCUGCAUCUGACCCCCAGAGUGCUGGCGUCUUCUAGAACAUGAAGGGACUUAGGGUCCUGGGGGGGCCCAAGCCCAGGGACCUUAACCUGCCUCAGGCCCCUUCCAAGGGCUGCGCCAAGAAAAGGGACAUGGGCACUUGGGUGCCUCCUGAGGAAGCUGGCCACUCCUGUGAUGGAGGCUGCAGCCCCAGCCAGGCCCUGCCCACCCACAAGCCAGGCACCGAGCUUCUCUCCUCCUCGGCAGAUACUGCCAGGCAGAUGUAUGUAGGACAGAGUGUGGCAUCCCGACACAGGGUGGCGUUACCUCAUGCAGUGCCCUGGUGGGAGCUGGCGGCAAGAGCAGGUGCUGCCCAGGCCACGUGCGAACAUUCCAAAGACCUCAAGACCAACCCCACCCGUCCAUACACAAACACACACACUUUAGCCAGACUUUGAGGGAGUCACAGCUUCCUGUUGCCCCUGGGCUGCAGAGGGCUGGGUCUGCGCUGCCAGCCUGGCAGGGCUGUGGGGAGAGGCGGGCCCUGGCCUGGCUCCUAAGCACUCUCAUCUUUUGUGUGUCUUGGUGACUUUAGAAACAGGCACACUGGACUCAGUGGCUACUGGUUUUGUCUCUUCACACACUGAAUUCUGGGCAGUGGAGCCCAAGGCCCAGGGGGCUCAGCCGUGCAGCUGGCGGGAGCCCUUGGGAAGCUGCAGACGUGCCUCUGAUGUGGUUAGCAAAAGCCUUCCGCAAGCCUGCCGAGGACUAGGGCGUGGCUGGUCCAGUCUGACAGCAGCAGCUCAGACACAGACAGACCUGUUUUAUAUUUAAGGAAAACACAGCCAGGACGUGGACCUGUGUAAAGAACUUUCUGUGUUCUAAUUUUGCUAAAAGAUUUCAAAUCCAGGGGAUUCCAUGUGCAAUGGUGAAUGUAGACACAAAGCCGCAAACUUGUAUGAAGAUGUAAAGUGCUAAAAAUAUUUUUUUCCUUUUUCCCUUUCCUUUUUUUUAAAAAAAUCUGAACUGUGCCCUGUACUGCAGUUAAUUGUUGGAAUAAAGGUUUUAUUUAUUGCACUGAGUUGGUUUGGUGCCUCCUUCAGCUCCCUGGCACGUGUUGGGGCUGUACGGGCCAGGCCACGCCUCAGUGCACCCCAGCUUGCGGCCCAUCUGCAGUCUCUCUGCA